GGUCUAUGGGAGAGACUACGAGAAAAUAUUCCACGUAAUAGGCUCCAUCAGCCACUUCCCGGGAGGGACUGUAUGUAGCACGGCUAUAGCUGGGACAUUUGGAGAAAAAUAAGGGAAUAUUGUCGCGCCCGCCUUUACAGUACCAGCCGUAUUGGUGGAGGAGCGUGGGGAUACAAUACGGGACAUAUUUGCCAUAGAAAGGGAAGAAAAUGGAGUUGGAGGACGGAGUUGUGUACCAGGACGACCCGGGGACAACGGCUAUGAUGUCGGAAAGGGUCUCGGGCCUGGCCAGCUCCAUCUACCGUGAAUUUGAAAGGCUGAUAGGGAAAUACGACGAAGACGUUGUGAAAGAACUUAUGCCGCUUGUAGUCGCGGUGCUGGAGAAUCUGGAUUCUGUUUUCGCAGAAAAUCAGGAGCACGAAGUCGAAAUCGAACUGCUGAAGGAGGACAACGAACAGCUCAUCACCCAGUACGAGCGGGAGAAAGCACUAAGGAAGCAUGCAGAGGAGAAGUUCAUUGAGUUUGAAGACAGUCAGGAGCAAGAGAAGAAGGACCUUCAGAAGAGUGUGGAGAGGAUGGGACUGCACUCUCGCCAGCUGGAGCUCAAGAUCAAGAACUAUGUCGACCAGAUCAGCCGGCUGGAGGAGCGUGAAGCCGAGUUGAAGAAGGAGUUCAAUUCACUCCACCAGCGCCACACAGAGAUGAUCCAUAACUACAUGGAGCACGUGGAACGUAUCAAGCUCCAGCAGCUGGGCGGAGAUGCGUCAGACACGGGAACUCUGGGACGAGUGCGCAGGAAAGAGCGCCCCCUGUCUUUAGGGAUCUUUCCUUCGCCUGGUGGGAAUGCGGCCCUUACCCCCGAGGUGUUCGGCAGAGGCGAGACGCCUGGCACGGAGGGCUGGAGAUUCAACGACCUCACCCACCCACGUUCCAAUGCCAGCCUCAAGCAGCUGGAGUCUGAGGACUCCCAAAAGCGGGAGGGUGAGAGUGCGCAGGAGCCUUGGGGGAAUUCGCUGGCAGACGACUGCAAGGAUGAGCUGUCCGACUUGACCCCGAUGUCCACCACGGCCUCGGAGCUCGGGGACGGUCCAGACAGGAACAGCAAGAACAUGGAGGUGCAAGCUGCCCCAGGGACCAAGUCUGUGUCGGUCGGUUUGGCUGAUGACGAGGACAAAUCGGAUGUGCAGGCCAUCAUCGAGUCCACGCCAGAGCUGGACAUGGACCUCAGUGGUUACAAGGGAGCCAGCACACCGACUAAAGGCAUUGAGAACAUGGCGUUUGACCGUAACACAGAGUCCCUGUUUGAAGAGCUCUCCGUAGCGGGCAGCGGGCUGAUCGGAGACGUGGACGAGGGAGCUGACCUAUUAGUGGAGUACUCUGGUAUGGGAAGGGAAGUGGAAAACCUAAUCCAGGAAAACACACAACUGCUGGAGACAAAAAAUGCCCUGAACGUGGUGAAGAACGACCUGAUUGUGCGCUUGGAUGAGCUGACCUGUGAGAAGGAAGUGGUCCAGGGUGAGCUUGAGGCCGUGCUGGAGGCCAAGAGCAAACUGGAGGAGAAGAACAAGGAGCUGGAGGACGAGCUCAAGAAGAUGCGGGCGGAGACUGAGGAGGCCAAGAAGAAAACCACAGAUGAGGAUGAGGAGUGGGACGUGCAGAGUGACGUGCCGACGGCCCAGAGGAAGCGCUUCACGCGGGUGGAGAUGGCGCGGGUGCUCAUGGAGAGGAACCAGUACAAGGAGAGGCUCAUGGAGCUGCAGGAGGCCGUCAGGUGGACCGAGAUGAUCCGGGCUUCACGGGGUAACCCAGACACCAGUGAGAAGAAAAAAUCCAGCAUCUGGCAGUUCUUCAGCCGGCUCUUCAGCUCGUCGGGCUCCGGUAACAGCACGGCCCUGAGGAAGACUCCGGAGCUGGGCUCCAACGUCAAGUACAACGCCCCGGGCUCUAUGAUGAAGAAGAGCAGCACCUUCUCUCAGUUCCCCACCGAGAAGUCCAAAGCCUUCGACUUCCUCAGUGAAGGGCUGGACCCAUGCAGCUCUCCGUCGCGGCGUGAGCUGAAGCGCUCUCAGUACCGCGAGGUCAAGGCCCACGUCCAGAAGGAGGACGGACGUCUGCAGGCUCACGGCUGGAGCCUCCCCAGCAAGUCCAAGGCAACUAAUGGAGGGCAGGUGGAGAAUAAGAACCUUCCCGUUCCCGUGUACCUGAAGCCUCUAGAGCUUAAAGACACGGCCAUGAAGGUGUGGUGUGCAGCUGGAGUAAACCUGUCUGGGGGAAGGCUCCGAGAAGGGGGCCCUCUGGUGCCAGAGAGUGGCACAGCAGAGUCUGAAGGCCUCAGACAGAGGAAAGGCUCCCAGAGCAGCCUGGACCAGCUAGAGCAGCAGGCACAGCUGGAGCAGGACCCCCAGGCGGAGAUGUCCAGCCGUGUGUGGCUCUGCACCAGCACCAACUCGGCCACCAAGGUCCUCAUCAUGGACGCCAGCCAGCCCAACAUGCCGCUGGACAGUUUCUACGUCUGCAACUCCCACGUGCUCUGCAUCGCCAGCGUGCCAGGUGUGCUGGAGUCGGACUACCUGGCUGGAGAGGAGGUGCCCCAGGACCCCGAGGCAGGUCAGGGCGAGGGCUCUCUGACGGGGUCAGUGGGCUCGGGGGGCAGUGACGGGGCGCUGAGCGGCGUGUCGGCCGUGGGCUGCACCUCAGAGGGGCCACCAGGGGGCGCAUCGUCUCAGUCCGGGGGAUCCCCAGCAGAGCACAGCCCCAGAGUGGCUCUGUCCAGAGAGGCCAGCCCUGACGAGGACGGCGUGCCCACAGCCGAGGAGGCGACCGAGGCCACGGAGGACGAGGAGGAGGGCCACGCCGCCGAGCCCAGCCAGCCUGGCAUCUACACGGAGCACGUGUUCACCGACCCACUGGGUGCCCAGCCCAACGAACCCAACUCAGCCACAGACACGCGAGCCAGGGAGGUGAUGCAGGAGGCUGACGGGGGCUCCCCAGACUCCAGCCUGCACGACUCGGCCACCGAUGAGAGCCAGAGGAUGAGCAGCACGCUGCCCACUAUGUGGCUGGGUGCCCAAAACGGAUGUUUGUAUGUCCACUCUGUGGUGGCGCGCUGGAGGAAGUGCCUUCAUGCUGUCAAGCUGAAAGACUCCAUCUUAAACAUCGUGCAUGUGAAAGGCCGUGUCCUGGUCGCCCUGUCUGAUGGGACUCUGGCCAUCUUCCACAGAGGACAAGACUGCCAGUGGGACCUGACCAACUACCACCUGCUGGACCUGGGCCGACCACACCACUCUAUUCGCUGCAUGACCGUGGUCCACGACAAGGUGUGGUGCGGCUACCGCAACAAGAUCUACAUCGUCCAGCCCAAGGCCAUGAGGAUAGAGAAAUCCUUCGAUGCCCACCCUCGUAAAGAGAGCCAGGUGCGACAGCUGGCAUGGGUGGGGGACGGCAUCUGGGUGUCCAUCCGACUGGACUCCACGCUGCGCCUCUUCCAUGCCCACACCUUCCAGCACCUCCAGGACGUGGACAUCGAGCCCUACGUCAGCAAGAUGCUCGGUACGGGCAGACUGGGCUUCUCCUUUGUGAGGAUCACAGCACUCAUGGUGUCCUGCAGUCGGCUGUGGGUUGGCACAGGGAACGGCGUCAUCAUCUCCAUCCCCCUCUCCGACGGAAACCAAUCAGCCAGCGGCACCCCGAGCCGGCCUGGCCGCGCCGUCCGUUUCUACGGAGAUGAGAGUGCGGACAGUGGCGCGCCGGGCUCCUUCGUGCCCUACUGCUCCAUGGCCCAUGCUCAGCUCUGUUUCCAUGGCCACCGAGAUGCAGUCAAGUUCUUCGUGGCGGUGCCAGGUGAAGUGAUGGUCCCUGGCUCAGCAGGUGUAGAGCUGGUCCCAGCAGACUCUGAGGCCCCAGCGUCAGAUGGUCAGAAACCGCAGCUGCCCCGGAACAUGCUGGUGAUGAGCGGCGGUGAAGGGUACAUCGACUUCAGACAGGGUGAUGAGGGAGGGGACACAGACGAGCCUCUGGACUCCACCAUGAUGCGAACGGAGGGCGCCUCCAAAACCGAGCGCAGCCACAUCAUUGUCUGGCAGGUUGCCACGGGCGACGAGUGAAAGCCCCGACAGCCCCCACCCCCCCACCCUGCCUCAACCUCGGGUUCGACACAGUACUCAACCCCCUGAAAGCCUGCACGGCCCACACACACACACACACACACACACACCUUUUCAACGGCCCCCUCAUUACCAUCUUUUGUCUUUAGCAUUGUUAUUACUAUUACUGAUAUUAUUACUAUGAGCGUUAUUAUUACUAUUAUUAUGAUUAUUAAUGUUCAUUCAUACUCUCCCUUAUGGCCGCUGUCGAGGUCUGUCGAUGACUCAUCAUGGCGUUUUACUAGGUAGGGGACCGACGAGGGGACUUGGGGGGGGUGGUUCCGUCCACUGAAAUGUCCUCCCACUGUUGGCUCUGGUUUCCCAGAAUGCUCUGUGGCUGCAGGGCAAGGGUAGUUAUAGGAGUUACUGUAAAGGCCAGCCUAGUACUGCACACUCGACUAGGACGGACAUAAUGACGUAGUGUACACUCCGAACAAAAACAAAAGGGAACAGUGAAGUCGGCUGGCAAUGUUUAUUUUAUAUUUUACUUUAUUCGACCCCUCUGUUGUUUUCUCAAAAACAUAUUUUUGUACAUAUGUGUGUAUCAGUGUCAAUGUGUGUGUGUUUAUGUAUGUAUGUAUGUAUGUAUGUAUGUAUGUAUGUAUGUGUGUAUGUAUGUACGUAUGCAUGUAUGUACGUAUGUAUGUACGUAUGUAUGUACGUAUGUAUGUACGUAUGUAUGUAUGUACGUAUGUAUGUAUGUAUGUGUGCGUGUUUAUGCUUGUGCCUCACUGACGAGACUUUUCUCUCCACCAUACCAGAGUUUGUUUACCUGUUUAUAUGUAUGCUGCCGUCAUGUUUGUGUGCGUUGCCGUAGACCUGUAGGGACACAUUAUGUGGAGACUCUCAUUUGAGUUGUAAACAGUCUUCUAGUCGGCACUUUAGAAACUUUGUGAAGAAGAAGCAAGCGUGAAGAAAAGCCCACGUAGCCCGUCAGGAAACCGUUAGCAUGCACAUAACCGUGUCAAUGCAGAAAGGCUGCGCGACAGAGUUACCAAAGGACAUGAUGUUACUCAGCAGCCUAGCUAGUUCCUCUUCCCCUGUUCCACUUCUCUCCUCCUAUGGGGUGUCUGUAUUACGGGGCCACACUUUAGGGACUUGCUUUGCUUUGAAAGGAAUAUGAGUGUGACCCCGUUUUUUUUUCCUUUUGUACGUUGCACCUUAAGUUAGUUCUCCACAGCACUAAGGGAGCAUCUGCAAACGUCUUAAUCUACUUUUGAGGAACCCUCCUUUAAUGUGGCAACCUGUGCAUUGUAGGAGACUUUGAAGCCACUUUGCGAGUGGUUUCAUUAGGAAUGAUCUGUGUUGGAGUCUCGUGGGUUAUGUUCCUGUAUCGGUGGUUUUCUGUGAGACACUUUAAUCCGUGUGUGUAGGAGGCAUCCCUAACGAGUAUGUGGGAUAGGCCGAUGCUUGAUUCCUGUUUUUGUAAAUGAACAACCAGAUAGGGGAAAGACCCUAUCUGCAAAAUUAUUUUGUUUUUCUUUUGUAACUGAUAUGAAGAAGGAAAAAAAGGAAAAAAAUGAAGUUUCAUAUCGUGUUGUUGCCAUUCCAGUAUUUAUUUUUCUUAAUGAACUUUGGUGGUUCAGAAUGUAAAACUUUAUACACUCCAAAAAAACAGUAUAUUCUAGAACAAUAUUGUAUGAAUUCAAACACACCCAAACUCCAUUGUGUGGUGUGGUUCACGUCAGUUGUAAUAACAAAAAAAACGACCUUUAAAAAACAAACUCAAAAUCAUGAACCUGAAGUAGUGGGCAUAUUUAACCUUUGUGGGUAGAACAUGGAAACAAUACAUCAUGUCAUCGUACUAAAGCUAUGCAUGUCAGUUUUUUAUGGGAUCACUGCAGUGUGAUGUUACUGCUUUCAACUCCUGUUGGUCGCCACCUGUUUUUUUGGUGGGUGGACAUGUCUGUGUACAUGUGUAUGAAAAUGUGGCAUGUUCAUAAGAGUGAGUAGAGUGUGUGUGUGAGAGAGAGAGAUAGUGUGAAAGAGCAUGUGUGUGUGUGUCUGAGAGUGAGAGUGUGUGUGUGUUCAUUUGAUUACUCUAUUCGUUGACUCUUGCAGGGUGACCAACAGCAGAUGAGUGACUUGUGCUCUCUGCUGCGGUUCCUGUCAUUUCCAUGUUUGCUAAAUCAGCAUCAUAGCCUUAUUUUUAACAGUCUAUUAAAAAUCUCAUGAGAA